AUGAACGUGAAUGCCUAGUAAGUGCCCAGUAUUUCUACAGUGCCUGUGCACUUGCUAAUGGCGGAGAAAGGGGGCAAGGGCGAUCCUCAACCCAAGGGAAAGAUUCUGAAGAAAUCGGUAGUGGCAAAGCCAGGAAAACCUAGUAAGGAGAGCCCAUCAAAUUUAUUGGAAAUAGAUUCCUCUGACUCCGAAUAUGAAGGUUUUGUUGAUAUAAAAAGUCCGAGUGCAGCAAAGGGAGAUGACAAAGGAUUUUCUGACCUAAAAACUGGUAAGGUAUCGUCUGCAGGUCUAAAGUCAAGUGGUAAAACUUCAUUUGAGAAAUCCUCAGAUGACCAGGGCAAAGGUGGAAAAGCUUUUAAAGCAGGAAAAGGUGGAGGAAAGGGAGGCCUACCCCAAACAAAACCGGCCAAGUCUUCUGUUGUGGACAAGGAAUUAAAACUAGAACUUGAACUUCCGCCUGGCGCUAAAUUAGUUUUGGAUUGUGAAGCAGCAGAUAUUUUGCAAGGGAUUCAGGAACAUUUGGAUUCAUUAAAGGAUCCAAAGAUCAAAAUACCUGAGUCUUUUGGCAAGACGAUGCAGUACUUGAAAGAUGCUGUGCAUUAUACUGAUGUAAAGUCUGUUAGACAUGCCUUGGAAAGUCUCAAAAAACACGGGGCCACUGAUGGGGAGAUAUGUAUGAUUGCAAAUGCUGGUCCAGAUACUUGUGAGGAGGCUUAUGGACUAAUACCAUCCUUGAAGGAUAAAAAGGAUAGGAUUGGAGAUCCUCUUAAUGUUGUUCUUGCAUCUCUAGCAAAAUUCAAAGUUAACCAGGAGAUUCCUCACUGAGAGGCUUCUUGUCCCCGUUUUUGGGUGAAGGUGAAGCUGGUUUUGUGGAUUCUGCUCCGGAGCCAAGUUGCAGCCUGAAGUUUUCUUUGCUGCAAUCUUUUGGUACAAAUAUUCCCAGCUUGUUUGUAGUGUAAUUUUGUGCUUUCAUGGUAGGAAAGAUGAAAAUAGCCCUGCAUUGUUUUUGCUUUCUCCUUCUAGUGUAUCAGCUAUGUUGUGUUAAAUACUUUUUGCAGCGUAAUGAUUUAUGAAUGAAAUUUUGUUAAAUGUUGCCACUUGAUUUGCUUAA